AAGUAAUAGAUAUACCAUUGCUGCGUUGACGAUUUCUGGGUUUGCGUAAAUUAUACCAUAAUCACGUGACCUUUCUUAUGCCUUGACCUCACGAGACGAAGUCGAGUGAGGUCGCAUAAGAAAGGUCACGUGAUUAUGGUAUAAUUUACGCAAACCCAGAAAUCGUCAACGCACCAAUGGUGUAUCUGUUUUAACCUAUAGCUCCGCCCAGAAACACUUACUCCAUAGCAGAAAUGACGUAAAAUGAGCUGUCAAUCAAAAUAACAUGACGCUACUGUUUUAACCUAUUGCUCCGCCCAGAAAAUCUUAUCCCUUUGAUCUGAAUUUGCAUAGCAGCAAAGACGUGAAAUGAGCUGUCAAUCAAAAUAAUGGGCUGAUUUUUCCCCGCGUGGAAGCUACAUUUUCAUUGGUAGCGGCAUGGACCCUUUUCUCUAUUCAGUCAUCUGUCUCAUUUUAAAGUUUUACUUCAAUUCACAUGAUUCGGCAUGGCUUGGAAUGACAAUUUGUCGUUCACAGAAAAUUUAGAAGACAUAAUUUUGUCUCAACAUCUGGACAUUUAUGAAGAAGAUAUGGCUUUAUCUCAGUACCUUGAUCAGGCUGAGACAGAUCUGGGGAUUGAUACAGUUGGAGUGAAUUUUCUUCUAACACAAAAUGUAGAGGACUUUAUCAACGAAAUAUCAAUCAACAUGGACGAAAGUGAUCAAAGCAACAUUUUGCUUUCUGAAAAUCAAGACAAAAAAUCCAUGAAUAUACCGUUGCCAACGGCGUUAGAAUGUUCUGAGACAAGCCGCUUUGAUAGCCUUGAGGAUUGUGACAUACGUGAACGACUGGAGCAGUCUGUUCCAAAAAAUACCAAAAAAUCUACAAAUUGGGCAUUAAAAGCCUUCAACGAAUGGCGUACGGUCAGAAAUGCCGGCAAACUUAGCCAACAGGUACCGCCAUUAGAGGAUUUUAAUGUAGACGAUGAGAACAACCAUCUCAGCCGUUUUCUCAUGGAGGUCAAGAAGCGGGAUGGAAGUUUCUACCCAGCCCGGUCACUUUAUCUUAUUGCUAGUGGAAUCUUGAGAUAUCUUCGUGACUCCGGCAUUCCAAAUAUGAAUUAUAUGAACGAGAAGGACGAUCGUUUCUUAACAUUUCGUAAAUGUCUAGAUGCACAGAUGAAGUAUGUGACUAGCAAGGGCAUCGGUGCCAAUAUCAAGCAGGCUGAUCCUGUAAGUGCAGAACAGGAAGAAUUGUUGUGGAGUACAGGAAAAUUUGGAUAUGAAAAUGCAGAAAGUCUGUUGAAUGCAGUGUUCUUUUACAAUUGUAAAUUGUUUGGAAUGCGAGGCAGAGACGAACAUUACAAUCUUGAAAGUGACCAGUUUAUUAUUUCCGAAGAUGAUGGCGGAAAGUUCAUUCAGUUUAUUGGUAGAGACAACAAAACUUUUAAAGGUGGUUUAAAACACAAAAAGGUGGAGAACAAAAACAUUAAACACUAUUCUUCUGAUAAGAUAUACAAGGUGUAUCAAGAUUAUACGAGUCUUUUAGGAGACGAUGUGGUAAAAUUUUAUAAACGUCCAAUUAAAGAUACUAAAAGAUUAUCUGCUCAAGUUCUUGGUAAAAACAAACUUGAAAACAUGAUGAAAAAUAUUUGCAGUGGUCUCGAAGGCAAUUUCACAAAUCAGUCUGGAAAGCGCACGUGCGCAACAACUUUGUAUCAAGCUGGCGUUUGCGAACAGAGUAUAAUGGAUCGUACAGGACACCGUAGUGUCCAAGGUGUUCGAAAAUAUAAACGACCCUCAUGUGACCAGUUGAGAGAUAUUUCAAAUGUACUUGAUUCCAAGAAGCAAAUGGUCUCAUCAACAGUGACAAGCGGUGAACUUGAAAACAAUUCUCUUGUGGAUCUUGAAAAGCCUAAGAAAUUAGAAAUGGAGAGUCCUAUUCAGAAAAUCUUUGAAAAAGAUGCUAAAACUUUUUACAAUAAUUGUGUAUUUAACUUUGGUAAAAACUGACAAUUUGAUACAUUGGUUUUACAUUUUGGCAUGUGUUUUCUGGCCAAAAUGUCUCGAUUUCUCAGCCUAAUGAGAUUUAUUUUGUGACUGAAAUAAAAUUUCUGUACCUUG